AUGAGGGUUAGCCCAAGUAGAAUGUUCCUCAAAACGCUCUCAGACAUACUAGCGCCACCAUUUCAGAGUCUUGGUCUAUUCAAGCCACAGGAUCCUACAUUCGGACGCUAUCUUCUCCCCCCGUCACAUACCUAUGAAGUAAGCCAUAGUGAUCUCUACAAGGAUGUAAAAACGACGAGAAGAAGACUCUACAUCACUAGAAAUGGUCACGCGAUCGGCGACUCUCAUGCGAUAAAUCUUCAUGAGCGUGAACUACUUGAAGCAGAGCAUGAUAACUGGGUUACAUUUCAAACAUUUGAGAAAACGGGCCGACAGCCAAAUGACGUCGACGCAGAUUUAUUACUGAUUCACGGAUAUGCAGAUUAUGGUGGUAAAUGGGUAGCUAACGCUAGAAAAUUCAUUGCUAGAGGUUAUCGUGUUAUCGCUAUCGAUCUACCCGGACACGGACGGUCUUCUGGUCUUCACGUUUUUGUGCCUUCUUGCAACGUUCUUACACAAGCUAUCGCGUCAGUUAUGAAAGAUGUCCAUCCACCAAAUAAGCAAGUCUUCGUAAUGGGACAUUCGCUAGGCGGAUUCUUGGCAAUUAGCUAUGCAUUACAAUACCCAGCUGCUGAAGUGUUAACUAGUCAGGAUAGACCUAAACUUUCAGGUGUAUAUGCUCUCUCACCAAUGCUUGGUAUAUCGCCUGAAGUGCGACCACCUUGGAUAAUUGAGACUAUUGCACGUACUCUCGCUUCAUUUAUCGGACACCUUCCUUUCAUAAAGUCGGACGGAACACUCAAGACAGAUGAUCAGCGGAUUAUCAAGGAAACCCUGAGUGAUAUUCGUGUAUACCAAGGUGCAUUGCGUAUUGGAACAGGUUUGGCUUUUUUGACUGGUAUUGAGAAUAUAAACAAAGACGUCGGGAAAUUGAAUGUCCCGUUGCGUAUAUGUCACGGCGACGCUGAUAGGGUUACACUCUGUGACGCUUCUGUAAACUUCAUAGGCCGGACUGACAACAGUAAAGGUGACAAAAGUCUCAAAAUAAUGGAAGGUGUCAAUCACGUCAUGUUGGCAGACAAGCCAACUGCAUUGAGCGACACAGUUGUUAAAGAUGCAUUAAGCUGGAUGGACAAAUAUAAUGGCAGUCCAGCUAAAAAGAUAGACUGAUAGAAUGUAGAUUUU